GUCGGUCCAGGCGCAUUCUAGUUUCCCGGGUGUUUUGCUGGGAAAGCUCAGUCAUUUUUUCUUAAUGACUUGUGGAAGUAAGGCAGCUGUUCUGAAGAUAAGACUUUAAGGUACAUAGUGUUUUUAAUAAAUGUCUAAGAGGAUUUUCCACAGAAGCAAUGUCUUUGGUUCCAGUAACUUCCUAUACAUACACACCCCUGGAUCUACUUAAAGAAGGUGCAAUUGUCAAUGUCUACGGUGUUGUGAAAUUCUUUAAGCCUCCAUAUCUCAGUAGAGGAACUGAUUACUGUUCAGUAGUAACAAUUGUGGACCAGACAAAUGUGAAGUUAACGUGCAUGCUCUUUAGUGGAAACUACGAAGCCCUUCCGAUCAUUUAUAAAAUUGGAGACAUUGUUCGCUUUCAUAGGCUGAAGAUCCAAGUCUAUAAAAAUGAGCUUCAGGGAAUCAACACCUCUGGCUUUGCAUCUUUGACAUUUGAAGGAACUUUAGGGACUCCUGUCACAGCACGGACUUCAAGCAAAGUGUUUAGCUUUAGUGCUCAGGACCAAGAAGUGGUAGAAACCUUGCGGGUUUGGGCAUCCACACACAUCCCAGCUUUUUCAGCUGUGGUGCAGCUGUGUGAUGUUCAACCCCUGCAGUUUUAUGACCUGACUUGUCAGCUCCUGGGUAAAGCGGAAGUGGACGGAACAACAUUUCUCCUAAAGGUAUGGGAUGGAACGAGGACCACUUUUCCCUCCUGGAGAGUCUCCUUACAAGACCUUAACUUUGAAGGUGACUUGAGUCACAUUCUACGGCUGCAGAGUCUGGUGGUAGACAUUAUGGUCUAUGACAACCAUGUGCAAGUGGCGAAAUCCCUGAAGAUCGGAAGCUUUCUUAGAAUCUUUAGCCUCCAUACCAAACUUCAGUCUGUUAAUUCAGAGAUGAAAAAUUCAUUGUUAAAACUGGAGUUUCAUCUUCAUGGAGGAACCAGUUAUGGUCGGGGUAUCAGGGUUUUGCCAGAAACUAGUCCGUGCUUGGAUCAUCUGAAAAAAGAGUUAGAAUGUGCAGAUGUGGACGUCGACCAGCCCUCAAGUGAAAUCUGUCAAUCAGAAAAUGAGGACGUUUCAUUUUCAAACUCCGGAUCAGGCUCAGUAUCACUCUAUGAGGUAGAGCGAUGUCAGCAAGUCUCCGCUACAAUACUUACAGAUCACCAGUAUUUAAAGAAAACACCAAUUUGUGCCAUUUUGAACCAAAAAGCUCCUCAACAAUAUCGAAUCCGUGCAAAACUGAAAUCAUAUAUGCCCAGAAGACUUUUCCAGUCUGUUAAACUUUUUUGUCCUAAAUGUAAUUCAUUGCAAGAAGUUCCAUAUGAGGACAAUUUGGAUAAAAUUUUACAAGAUGCUUCAAGUAAAGCUCUAAAUACCAAGCUGCAAGAUACGUCACUGUAUGACUCAAAAGUCUGGUCCACUAAAGGCCAAGGAGGACGUCAGGUUGCUGUUCAUUUUGUGAAAACUGAUGACAUUCUCCCUCUCUCAAGUGAAUGCCUAAUUUUGAUAGAAGGAGGAAGGUUCUGUGAAGUCUCUAAACUAUCAAGCAAGUUUCACAGUGUGAUUCCCGUGAAGUCCGGCCCCGAGCACCUGGAGCUGCUAGACCUCUCAGCACCCUUCCUCAUACAAGGGAACGUCUGUCACUAUGGAUGUAAACAGUGUUCAAACUUGAAACCUAUACAAAACCUUCUUAAUAAAGGACUUUGGAGCCCUUCCGCUGUGGCCGAAGUCCUGGGCAUUGUACCUCUGCAGUAUGUGUUUGUUAUGACUUUCACGCUGGAUGAUGGAACAGGAGUACUGAAUGCUUACCUCAAGGAUUCUGAGAACUUUUUCAAGAUCCCGGCAUCAGAAGUUCUCACUGAUGAUGACCUUCAGAGAAGUCUAGAAACAAUCAUGAAUAUGUUAUGUCCACCAAGAAUAAAAAUUGAUACAUACCCUUGGCUGGAGUGCCUCAUCAAGUCCUACAACGUCACCAUUGGAACAGAGCAGCGGAUUUGCUACCAGAUUUUUGACACCACAGUUGCAGAAGACACCGUGUAGUGCUGUCAUUCAUGCGGUGUGUGUGGGAUUUUACAGUUUUAGAAGAAAGUUACAACUCUCUGUGAGGUUAUCAGAAGAUGCUUUACAGUUGUCAGAGUGAUGGACCCAUGUCCAGUAUACUUCAGUUCCUUUGUAUAGGAAGACAUUUUAUUGUUAUUUAUGCCUUCUUGUGAACAUGUUUAAAAUUCCUUGUUGUUCAGUGUGUUCAGGGAAGUACAGUAUGAGGCUACUGCACUUGAGGACCACAUUUUCUUGGCUCCCAUUUGUAAAACGCCGGUGGCUAAGUUUCACAUGUCUACAGAAGAAUCCUCGUAACCACCGUGUUGAAAGAGGUCUGCUGUGCUUCCUCAUGCGAGUAUACGGUUUCCUGGCUUUGAGCAAAUGCUUGUCUGAGUGAGUCUCUGUAUGCUGAGAGGAAUGUUAAGUAGACAUGGCAGAAUUGUUUAGGUGCUGAUGUUCCCCAUUUUUGGAUAAAUCUAUCUCUUUAAAACAAAUAGUAUAUUCCACUUCCUGCUUCUUUCUGUAAACUAGAAGUUAUUUUAUUCCAUACCAGCUAAUAAACUAUUGAAAUUUA